UUCGGGGCCAGGAGAAUGGGCUGGAUGGGGGCAAGAGUGGAGGAUCUUCUGGAAGAGGCACGGAACGAGGGAGGCGAGGACGUGGCCGAGGCCGAGGUGGCUCUGGAAGGCGAGGGGGAAGGUUUUCUGCCCAAGGCAUGGGGACCUUCAACCCGGCCGACUACGCGGAGCCCUCGGGGGGGGACGAGAGCUACGGGAGCAGCAGCACGUGGAACAACACCGGCAGCUUCGAGCCCGACGACGGCACCAGACUUGAUUUCAUUGGGGGUGAGGGGUCAAAUUAUCCCCGAAAAUUUGACACUGCUCCUGGUACGAUACAUCCAGGUGCGUGGAGAGCGGCCACGGAGGAGUGGGGCACGGAGGACUGGAAUGAAGAUCUGUCUGAGACAAAGAUCUUCACUGCUUCCAACGUGUCUUCAGUGCCUCUGCCUGCUGAGAACGUGACAAUCACAGCUGGACAGAGAAUCGACCUUGCAGUCCUGCUGGGGAAGACGCCCUCUUCGAUGGAGAAUGAGUCCACAAACCUGGAGUCCUCCCAGGCUCCUUCCCUGGCCCAGCCCCUGGUGUUCAGCAAUUCCAAGCAGAGUGCUAUAUCCCAGCCCGCCUCGGGGAACUCCUUCUCUCACCACAGCAUGGUGAGCAUGCUGGGGAAAGGGUUCGGAGACGUCGGGGAGGCCAAAAGCAGCAGUACCACAGGCUCCCAGUUCCUGGAGCAGUUCAAGACCGCCCAGGCUCUGGCUCAGCUGGCGGCUCAGCACACCCAGCCCGCCGGGAGCACCCCUGCUGCCUCCUGGGACAUGGGAUCCACCACGCAGCCCUCGUCUCUCGUGCAGUACGAUCUCAAGAACCCAACAGACUCUUCCGUGCAUAGUCCCUUCACCAAGCGUCAGGCCUUCACGUCGACGUCGACCAUGAUCGAGGUGUUCAUGCAGGAG